GGACGGCCUCGCGGCUGGUCUACGAGGGAGCAUCUGGUCGGGUCCCGCAGCCGCCCUGCGCAGAGUAGGCUCCGAGCCAGGGCCUGGCCGGGGGCGGGGCGCGGGGUGCGGAUCGGCACGAGCGGAUCGCGCAGGCGCAGUCGGCGAGACCGCAGCCCCCGGCAGCCCCCGCAGCCUCCCGACGCCCCGCCCCGCGCAGCGGCCUCCAGGCGGCCUCGCCCCCGCCCGUCGCCCCCGGGAGGCGGAGGGGGAUGACGUCAUCGAGCGGGGCGGCGGACAUUGGGCGCCAUUUUGAAAAGGGGAAAAAAAAUCCCUCCCCGGCGUCGGCGGCGGCGGCCGGGCUGAGGUGCUGGGCGGCAGCAGCGCGCGGCCGCCGCCUUGGUCCGCCGCCGUCGGCGCCCGUGCGCCCGGCCGCCGGCAGGCCGGCAUGGCAGGAGCCGGAGGCGGCGGCUGCCCGGUGGUCGGCAACGACUUGCAGUGGUGCUUCUCGCAGGUCAAGGGGGCCGUGGACGAGGACGUGGCGGAAGAAUAAAAGCCGCCCUCAUUCUAGGGGAGAAUAUAAUGUUUACAGUACCUUUCAAAGUCAUGAACCAGAGUUUGACUAUUUGAAAAGUCUAGAAAUUGAAGAAAAAAUUAAUAAAAUUAGGUGGUUACCACAACAGAAUGCUGCUCAUUUUCUACUCUCUACAAAUGAUAAAACGAUUAAGUUAUGGAAAAUAAGUGAACGGGAUAAAAGAGCAGAAGGCUAUAACCUGAAAGACGAAGAUGGACGGCUUCGGGACCCGUUCAGAAUUACAGCACUGCGGGUCCCAGUAUUGAAGCCCAUGGACCUUAUGGUAGAAGCAAGUCCACGACGAAUUUUUGCAAAUGCUCACACAUAUCAUAUAAAUUCCAUUUCGGUGAAUAGUGAUCAUGAAACAUACCUUUCUGCAGAUGACCUGAGAAUUAAUCUAUGGCAUUUAGAAAUCACAGAUAGAAGUUUUAACAUUGUGGACAUCAAGCCUGCCAACAUGGAAGAGCUGACGGAGGUGAUCACUGCAGCCGAGUUCCACCCGCACCAGUGUAACGUGUUCGUCCACAGCAGCAGCAAGGGGACCGUCCGGCUGUGUGACACGCGCUCCUCGGCCCUGUGCGACAGGCACUCCAAGUUUUUUGAAGAACCUGAAGACCCCAGCAGUAGAUCCUUCUUCUCAGAAAUAAUCUCCUCCAUCUCAGACGUAAAAUUCAGUCACAGUGGUCGGUACAUGAUGACCCGAGACUACCUGUCGGUGAAGGUAUGGGACCUCAACAUGGAGAGCCGGCCUGUGGAGACCCACCAGGUCCAUGAAUACUUGCGAAGCAAGCUUUGUUCUCUGUACGAAAACGACUGCAUCUUUGACAAGUUCGAGUGCUGCUGGAAUGGCUCAGAUAGUGCGAUCAUGACUGGGUCUUACAACAACUUCUUCAGGAUGUUUGACAGAAAUACACGGAGGGAUGUCACCCUGGAAGCUUCCAGAGAGAACAGCAAGCCUCGAGCCAGCUUAAAGCCUCGGAAAGUAUGUACGGGCGGCAAGAGGAAGAAAGACGAGAUUAGUGUGGACAGUCUGGACUUCAAUAAGAAGAUCCUCCACCCAGCCUGGCACCCCUCGGAGAGCGUCAUUGCUGUAGCCGCCACCAAUAACUUGUACAUAUUCCAGGACAAAGUCAACUAGGCUACACAGGGGCACUGUGUCUGGUCUCACAAAGUAAGCUCACUGCCUCCUGCCAAAUGGAAGGCGCUCCCCUCCAUGCCGCGGGGGACGCACUGUGCGUCCUCCAUGGGUGGGAGGCUGGCCCCCAUGCAGCCCAGAGGGGCCGCUUUCUCUGCCAGGUGAGCCACAUGUGUCGCCGCUCACACGAGAAGCCCACUCAAAUCAGAACUGAUGGACAGUGCUCAAUAAAGGCCGUUACUCAAAUAAAUGGAUUUACUUAA